ACGAGACUAGACCUUUAAAUACAACCUUUGGAUACGAUCACGUGGUACAGUAGCUCAACUACAAUCUGCCUUCUCGUAGCUACCACGUCUGGUUUUGCGAUUAAAAAGGAUGGCAGAGCCUGAGCCACCCCUCUCUUGUGACUGCUUUGUGUCCUUGCCCCCUGGCUCACAAGAUGAUCACGUGAUCUUUGGGAAGAACUCUGACCGUCCUAGAGAUGAGGUCCAGGAGGUUCUUUACUACCCAGCAACCAGUCACCCAUCUGGGACCAUGCUGGAGUGCACGUACAUUCAGAUCCCCCAAGCAGAACACACCCAUGCUGUGGUCCUCAGCCGGCCUUCCUGGCUGUGGGGGGCCGAGAUGGGGGCCAACGACAAGGGGGUUUGCAUCGGGAAUGAGGCUGUGUGGACCCGCGAAGCUAUCGAUCCAGGGGAAGCCCUGCUAGGAAUGGACCUGGUCCGCUUGGGGCUUGAGCGUGCGGACAGUGCCUGGGGGGCGGUGAGUGUGAUCACUGGUCUGCUGGAGCAGCACGGCCAGGGGGGGCCAUGCAGGGAGGACCCGGCGCCCUUCAGCUACCACAACUCCUUCCUCCUGGUGGACCGCAACGAGGCCUGGGUCCUGGAGACCGCCGGCAAGCUCUGGGUGGCACAGAAAGUCACAGAGGGGGUGAAGAACAUCUCCAAUGCGCUGACCAUUGGGACGGAUAUCUCGGCGGAGCACCCAGAGCUGCGGAGUGUGGCCCAGGCCCAGGGUUGGUGGAGCGGCGAGGGAGAGUUCUGCUUCAACGCGGUGUUCAAGUCUGAAAACCCCCCCACCAGGAUGGAACUGGCCAAGAAGCGCUACAGUGGGGGCACACAGCUCCUCCAACAGCAUGAUGGUUCUGUGACGGCCAAGGUGAUGAUGUCCAUCCUGAGGGACAAGCCCAGUGGGAUCUGCAUGGACUCUGGGGGGUUCCGCACCACUGGCAGCAUGGUGUCCAUCCUGCCCCGUGACCCCAGCCUGCCCUGCAUCCACUUCCUCACUGCCACCCCCGACCCCUCCAGGUCUGUUUUCAAGCCUUUUAUCUUCUCUGAGUCUGUGACCCCAGUGUCGAGGGUGAUCUCCCCACAGUACGGCCCAGACGACCCAGUCAGGAAGCAGCCGCGCUUCCAGAGCCAAGUGGACCGCAGGCACGACCUGUACAAGGCCCAUGAGGGGGCCCUGCAGACUAUGGAGACCAACCCGGACGCAGGGAAUGCUCUGACUGAGACGUUGAGGAUGUUGGAGGGCCAGUGUCUGACGGACAUAUCAGCCCUGCUCAGUGGAGAAUCACCAGCAGAAGAGGAACUGGGGGACCUGUUCUUUGACUGUGUGGACACGGAGCUGAAGUUCUACCAGUGAGGAGCGCCCUCAUGUGGAGAUCGCUAGUGCUUGCAGUUCGGCAGGAGAUGGCCAUGGGACUGUUACGUCCUGUGCUCCUGUUAGAUUGGUUCCCUCCCGUCUCAUGCAUACGAACCCCCUUGAUGCCAUUCCAUCCAUCAUUGACACAGAAUAUAAAUGUCUUAACGUUCAUGGGAUUGGAGCGUCAUUAUCAUUUGUAUCACUUUCGGGAGCAAUGCUCGCCCCACAUUAGUGAGUAUGUGAUAGACCACUACAGGAGUAUACAGUACCAGUCAAAAGUUUGGACACACCUACUCAUUCAAGUGUUUUUCUUAUUUUACUAUUUUCUACAUUGUAGAAUAAUAGUGAAGAUGUCCAAACUAUGAAACACAUAUGGAGUCAUGUAGUAACCAAAAAAGUUUAAACCAAUCAAAAUACAUUUGAUAUUCUUCAAAGUAGCCAUCCUUUUCCUUGAUGACAGCUUUGCACACUCUUGGCAUUCUCUCAACCAGCCUCACCUGCAAUGCUUUUCCAACGGUCUUGAAGGAGUUCCCACAUAUGCCUUGCACUUGUUGGCUGAUUUUCCUUUACUCUGCGGUCCAACUCAUGAGAUCGGGGGAUUGUGGAGGCCAGGUCAUCUGAUGCAGUGUAGCUACUUUGAGGAAUCUCAAAUAUAAAAUAUUUUUUGAUUUGUUUAACACAUUUUUGGUUACUACAUGAUUCCAAAUGUGUUAUUUCAUAGUUUGGAUGUCUUCACUAUUAUCCUACAAUGUGGAAAAUAGUAAAAAUAAAGAAAAACCCUGGAAUGAGUUGGUGUGUCAACUUUUGACUGGUACUGUAUGUCUGUGACUGUGCAGAUCUGUUUCACAUUUAACACCUACUGUAAGUACGCCAUUUGUAAAACUUGCUAUUCAUUGUUACAAGUGAAUGGGGGUUAGUUGACUGACUGCCCCCAUGAGAAUGAACUAAUAAAAUAUUAGCUCUGUC